GUCAUCACACCUGUUCUCUAGGACAAUAGCAUGAUAUGCCUUUGGCCUACAACCCAAUUGAGGAACAAACAUAAUCGGAGAAAAAAGGAUACUUUCUUCUGAUCUUGAGGACCUAUCGGCAGGUUUAGACAGCUUAUUGCGUGUUGUAGGGUUCCUGGCGCGGGUCCGGAUAUAGGUCUUCCUGCCUCUCCGAAGCUUCUCGACCGAAAUCCUCCGGGUCUGUCAGCAACUUUUGCUAAUUUCAACUCGCCCAUACCACCCGCUCGGCUCGAAGCCAACACCAUAUUCAGUUAAUUCCCGAAAGAGGAGAUAAUGUCACAAAUUUAUUCUUCCGCCGUCCAACCCAUCUUCGGUUCAACAGGGGCGGGUGUGUUGCGACAAAUUGUACCGAACGUAGGAAGGGCGGCAUGGAGGCGGGCUUUUGUCUCGAAACCGCAGCAGUCUAGAUUCUUCGUAGCUUCGAGGAUUGCUACACAUACGACACCGCGUCCGACGAUAUCCAACAUUAUAUCUAAUUGCUAUAAGGCCUCCCUACGUUCGACCCGACGAUCAUUUCACAGAACCUCACGAUUACGAGAUGCCAAGUCUGCUCCGAAAAAUUCUACCGCCGAAGAACCACAAGGAAUCACGGCAAAAUUAAAGAAGUUAUCUAGAGAAUAUGGAUGGGCGGCAUUGGGUGUCUAUCUUGGCUUAACCGUCCUAGACUUCCCUUUUUGCUUCUUACUAGUUCGAUCGGUAGGAACGGAGAAGAUUGGUGAAAUCGAGCACUACGUGGUCUCAAACGUUUCCAAGUUAAUACCGCAAUCCGUCCGGAACUGGUGGAAGGAGUACAGAGAGGCUCUAAGAACUGCCAAGAAGGAACAACUAGGCGACGGAGAGACCAGCGAGCAUGACGAAGUGGCUGAUUGGGGCGUAGAGGAAGCUGAGAAAAGACAUAAGGCCGAAGCCAGUCUUGGAACACAAUUAGCUCUCGCCUACGCCAUACAUAAAAGUUUCAUCUUUCUGCGAGUUCCUUUGACUGCCGCGAUAACGCCUAAAGUAGUCAAAGUCCUCAGAUCAUGGGGUUGGAAGAUUGGGAAGCGAUCUAGCAAACGGUGAUAAGUGGCUAUCCUUUAGAACUCACGUGGGGAUGACUUCGGCCACGAAUUUCAUGAUCCCACCUCUGCCCCGAGCGAUGGGUGUCCUUGCAUGGGUUGGCGCUCGAGCAAAGGGUUUGUAUACUAGGUCAAGAGGGCGUACGAUCGACAUGAGACCAUUAGACUCACUCCACAUAGAACAUAAUCAUCAACAGCAAUGAUUAACAUCUGGAAUCUACUCUAGACGAGUUACGCGACAAGAACUUGGGUCAUUACCUAAGACGCAACGAUAGUCAUAGUUAUAGCAGCAAUUAAGUUAGAUUCCAAGAA